AUGCAUUACACCGAGAUGCUGCAACAGGAUGCCCGAGUUCCAGCAGUAGUUGUUUACGAAAUUGUCCAGGAGAACCGCUCCGCGGCAAAGCACGCACAUCGCGCAAAUGCUCGGGAGCCAUCUUGCUCUUUGGAUGGAAUCGCGGGAAUGGGCCUGUCAACCGGUCGGCUUUUGUUGCUGGGAUGUUCAACUCUGGCUGUGACCAGAAGCCAGGACAAGGCAAGCUUGCCAUUGAGCGAAGAGCAGGCCAUGCGUCACCUGGAUGCCGCAGCAUGGGCCGCCAACCUUGUGCCGAAGGCUUGCGAUCGACGUGGCAGCGGAUGUGAUUGGCUAAGCGUUGCUCCUACCUGGCGCUAUGUGUGGAACAAUGUGCGCCUGGCUGCUCAGGCAUUCGUGACGCUCGACGAGACUACACAAAGUCGACUUGGCCACAUCCACGCACUUAUCGACCGCCUUGGCGACGACCCCGGCCUGUGGUAUGCGAACUGGCGCCAGGCCGCCACUGCAUCCCGAGAGGUGGUGAAUGCUCUGACAGAGAUACCACUGCAGGAGCCUCCUUCGAAAGAGGCUCUGGUAGAGUCGCAGCAAGGAAAAGUGGGCGGAGAAGCAUUGCGGCACAAGGAGCUGCAUUCUUCCCGAGACAUGACCUUUCCAGUGGAGCAGUCGGUGCCGUCAGUCAAGGCUCUUCCAGACCGGGAAGUUCUGAAGAUAUUGAAGCCACGGCGGUCCUUGGGUCUGUUUGGCAGGAGCUUCUGCGCCUCGCCCGGAACAGCCUUCUGCGAGCAGGCCCCCGGACACAGCCAUCCGAUGUGUGAUGACACUCCAUUGCGGCUCGGACAGCUGGAGGCAUGCAGGUGUUCUGAGAACUGGCGAUCAGAGGAACAGGCCGCCGAUAGCCAGCCCACAGCGCUACAAGGACACACAUGGUCGCAGCUGCAAGAGCGGUUGGACUUGACCGAGUUCGAGAUGUUAGAUCUGAUCGACGAGACUCCAAUGUCGGCAGUGUAUCGCUUGCGUCACAGGCGCACCGGCAUCACCGUCGCUGGAAAGAGAAUCCAGAAGGGCUGCGACGUGCACCGUUCUGGAGACUACCUGAAUGAGGUCCAGAUGCUACACUCGCUCGCAAAGUCCCCUUACAUUGUCAGCCUGCACGGGAUAUCUGACUCAGAGCGCGAGUUCUGGACAGUGAUGGAGCUCUGUGCUGGUGGUCGACUGUCAGAGUGGCUGGGACGGUAUGCCAACACCGCCAAGACUGUCGUGCAGCAGCUGCUAGAGGCGGUGAGCCACCUGACACUUGGCUACAACAAAACCUUCUUGUGGUCGGAAUGGGCGUUUUCCACAGUUCGGCCAUCGAUUUUCUGCGACGUCUUCGCAUUAGCCGUGGAUGGGGCCGGUCCUCCUCGGUUUUUGCAGGCCAUGAAUGGAGAACGCGCUCUAACACCAGCCCAGGUGUUUGAAGGGGCCGACCAACAGCUUUCCGGCAAAUGUGGAACUGUCGGCUUUCGAGCUCCCGAAGUUGAAAGCGGAGGUGCCUACAGCGGCUUGAAGGCUGAUGUGUACUCUUUGGGCCGGACAUUGCAGAUUCAGGAACUCCGCACAGUGAGAAUUGGUUGGCCAGAGCUGGAAGAGAUCCUUCCAUACAUGACCAAACAUGAGUUGCUGGAUCGCCCGGAGAUCACGAAAGUUCAAGAGCACCUCACGGCUGGCCCACAAGGCAGGCGACAACUGGAUUGGAGCUCCCAGGAGUCCAUAAGCUACCAGCAGGUUCUGGCCGAGAACUCGCUUGAGCCGUGUGUCAUGGCUGGCAAAGCUGCUCCUCCCAAGGAGAGAGACAGCGUGCAGCGACCACGAGCAACCGGGUUGCGAGCCGCUGAAGCGGGACCGGCAACGAAGGCCUGCCACUCCAGCUACUGCCGGCGGAGUUUCAGCGAUUGCAAUAAGAACUCUACGAGAACGCUGCUGAAUCGAAUCUACUCCCUCAGGACCGAAAGAUGGCAAGGGGCCGUGAAGUCUCCCUCGAAUUCCCGAGACCUCGAGGAGAGACAUGGGCAGCAUGGGCUGCGCUUUGCCGGGGGCCGCUCCUUGCAGGUGACACCUCACAGCUCCGUUGCCGUUGGCCAGUUGAAGGUGCCUCCUAUUGGAGCGGCAGUGGCCAGUGCACGUGAGGCAGCUUUGGCUCUGGAGAGCGGGAUCAGGAUGCUCUUCCUGACAGAGGCAACUAUGUACUUGGUGCACGAAGUGCUACGCGUACUUGACAGCAUUGGGAUCGACCGGCAGGAGGUGAUCAUCGUGGGCAGGAUACAAGCUGCUGACGUUAAAGGUGUCGAUGCAUCGUCUGUCGUGUCGCACUUGGAUGCUGCGGCUCUUGCAUUUCAGGAGCAGCCGUCUGAGAAGGAUGUGGAAGUCUGGCAGCAGUUCGAGGCAUCCAUGCGAGGUGCUGUAAACGCAGUUGGCGUGAGUGAGAUGCCACCUGAGCGGUUGAAGACAUUCCUAUUGCGAGGAAGCCGGCCAGAGUUUGUGCAGACAACAUUCACAGUCUACGAGCCUGGUGGUCCGGACGAGGCUCGUCGGCAAAGCUCCCAGAUGGAGGAGCUACUUGCAGCCGGCAUCGUCACGAUGGGCUCCGGACUCUCGCAGGAGGGAGGGUGUGGUUACCUGCGACCCUUGAAUGAUCCACACAUCUCUGCGGUUGCCCUGCGAGCUAAUCGAAGCUGUGGGCAGGUUAUCGACAGGUGGUUCAUGCAGCUUGGUGGGGUCGUGCUUGUGAAUGCAACGCAGAGGAGCGAGUUCUUGGAGCACGUGGCCUCAUUGGAAUUUGCCUUGGGCGAGGCAGAGAUGAGGAAAAUUAAUGGGCUUAGCAGCCUCGUGGCCUCUUCCCCUGGUCGUCGAGCCCCCGCGUGGUGUGAGGACGUGUAUCACCUGUCCGACUUGCCAUUGGAAGUGUAA